UCUCUGAAUGGGAGACCUUCGAAUCGCACUGUGGUUUUCAGAGGACUUGAAGAGAACACUGAUAAGAUCCAAAUCCACACUAAUUACCGAACUCAUAAGAUUGAAGAGCUUAGGCAUUGCCCAUAUGCUGAGAUAUGCUGGUAUUUCACCAACUCUUGGGAGCAAUUCCGGGUCAAUGGAAAAAUUGAUAUCCUCGAUGAAUCAAAUCCGGAUCUCAACAAGCUCCAGGUAAGAAUUUAAUCUUUUCACAAUUUCAAGCUCAU